AUGGAAGAGACCUUCCACCAACAGUUCUACAGGGUAGAGCCAGAGGACACGAUGGCAGACCUUUCAGGCCUUUGCCAAUUGCCAAAUGAAGGAGUAGAAACCUAUCUGGCCCAAUUCAAGAAGGCUAGAUUUAAGUGCAAGGUCUCCCUGCCCGAACGAGAGUACGUGCGCUUGGCCUUGAAUGGUUUGGGCUUCGAGUUGAAGAAGAAGUUUUACGAGACGGAGUUCAGAGAUCUCAUCGAGCUAUCUGCCAAGGCAACAAGGUAUGAGCGGAUCUUAAAGCAAGAGCAAGACUAUAUGGCCGCCUCGAAGGGAACCUAUUAUAGGGACCCAAACUACGCGGUGGCCACGAUGGAGCCCAAGUAUGAAGUAGAGGUAGCUGUUGCGAAGCUGAUCAAUAAGAAGCCCUACUUCUUAGAGACUGGCAGGUUGGAGAAAACAGACCUUGCGGCAUCAACGGGCAAGUCAAACAGGGUUUACACGUUUGACAUCACGAGAGCUGAGGCGAUAUUCGAUCAACUCAUGGUGGACAAGCUGGUAAAACUCCACCCAGGCCAUAAGUUCCCUUCACCGGAAGAAAUGAAGGGUAGAGAAUAUUGCAAAUAUCACAAUUCGUGGAGUCACACCACCAACAAUUGCAUUAUUUUUCGGGAUGAUAUUCAGGACAAGAUCGAGCGUGAAGAGUUUAGGUUUGAACCCAAAGACAAGAAGGCCAUGGGAGUGGAUGCAAAUCCAUUUCCAUCAGGCCUGAGUACCAAUAUGGUAUCCUUCAAUAUGAGGGGCAUGCCUAGGAGUUCUCCAAGACAUAAGAUCUGCCUAGGAGAACCAUCUCGUCAAGCAUGGAGUCCUGUCCGUGAGGACCCAUCUUCUAAAUAG